AUGAGUGGAGCCAACCAGUCUGUGGUGUCUGAGUUUGUUUUCCUGGGACUCUCUAAUUCCUGGGAGAUCCAGCUCCUUCUUUUUUGCUUUUCUUGUCUUUUUUAUGUGUCUAGUAUGAUGGGAAACCUCCUCAUAGUGGUCACUGUGAGCUCUGACCCUUACUUACACUCCCCUAUGUAUUUUCUGUUAGCUAAUCUCUCCAUCACUGAUCUGACAUUUUGCUCUAUUGCAGCACCCAAGAUGAUCUGUGAUCUUCUCAGGAAGCAAAAAGUCAUCUCCUUUGGGGGAUGCAUAGCUCAGAUUUUCUUUAGCCAUGCAGUUGGGGGCACUGAGAUGGUGCUGCUUAUCGCCAUGUCCUAUGACAGAUACGUGGCUAUAUGUAAGCCUCUCCACUACCUGAGCCUCAUGAGCCCACAAACAUGCAUUCUGAUUGUAGUGGUUGCCUGGAUCAUUGGUCUAACCCACUCAUUGGCCCAACUGGCUUUUGUAGUCAGCUUGCCCUUUUGUGGCCCUAAUGUCUUAGACAGCUUUUACUGUGAUCUGCCUCGGCUCAUCAGACUUGCCUGCACAGAUACCUACAACCUGGAGUUCAUGAUCACUGCCAAUAGUGGCUUCAUUUCCUUGGGUGCUUUCUUCCUGCUCAUCCUCUCUUACAUCUUCAUCCUGGCCACUCUCCAGCAACACUCCUCAGGGGGUUCAUCCAAGGCUCUUUCCACUCUGACAGCUCAUAUUAUUGUGGUGGUUUUAUUCUUUGUUCCACUUAUUUUUUUCUAUAUGUGGCCCUCUCCUUCAACACAUCUGGAUAAAUUUCUAGCCAUGUUUGAUGCAGUUUUAACUCCUUUUCUCAACCCAAUCAUCUAUACACUCAGGAACAGGGAGAUGAAGAUGGCAGUGAGGAGAGUGUUCUGUCAGCUUAUCAGUUUUAGAAAAAUCAAUAAAUGA